AUGUGCACCUGGAUCAACCUUCGCUACGCCUGCGGGUGCCACGCUCGCAAGCCCUGGCGUGUCCAAGCCUGUGAUGGAUUUGCCUACUAUCAGCCCUGCACUUCCACCCGCCGUGUCCACAUGACUUAUGAGCACGGUUGUGACCAACAUCUGGGCAGGUUUCCGCAUCUGCACCCUCCCCCGCGGCCCGCUUCGUACUGGCGCGAGCUGGCUCAGAGACAGUCGGAGUGGAACGUUAUUCCGAUGACAAGGGAGGAGUUUGAGAGGAGGCGAGCAGAGAAGGAGGCUCAAGGGAAGGGGCAUGGGAAUGCUACUCAACAGUCGGGGCAGGGUGAUGAUCCACAACCGAUACAGCUCGAUGCUUCGAAGCAGGCAAAGGGUGUUGUUCAAUCACCGACACAGCAUGGUGCCAAACGGCCGGCGGACUCGGAUGGUAAUGCUCCCGAGCGGAAAAAAUCUCAGACCUCAUGA